AUGGUGAAAGAAACGAAAUACUACGAUCUCCUCGAGGUUUCUCCAGAUGCGUCGGAAUCCGACCUCAAGAAGGCGUACCGCAAAAAAGCGCUACGAUUGCAUCCAGAUAAGGGCGGUGACCCGGAGCUGUUCAAAGAGGUUACACAUGCAUACGAAGUCCUGUCGGACUCAGAAAAGCGAUCCAUUUAUGAUGCACGAGGAGAGGCUGGUUUGUCAGAGUCUGGUGGUAUGGGCGGCAUGGAUCCUCAGGACCUCUUCAGCCAACUAUUCGGUGGAGGCGGUUUCUUCGGUGGAGGCGGUGGUCCUUCACGCGGCGGUGGGCCGCGCAAGACAAAAGACCUCGUCCACCGCGUGCAUGUCACGCUCGAGGACCUUUACAAGGGCAAGACAACCAAGCUCGCUCUUACCCGUAACAUCAUCUGCACCAAAUGCAGUGGCAAGGGUGGCAAGGAGGGUGCCGUGCAGACGUGUUCGAGCUGCCACGGCCAGGGUGUGAAGGUCACCCUGCGCCAGAUGGGCCCGAUGAUCCAGCAGAUCCAGAGCGCGUGCGACGCCUGUGGCGGUACGGGUGAGAUCAUCAACGCCAAGGAUCGUUGCAAGACGUGUAACGGCAAGAAAGUCAUUACGGAAAAGAAGAUGCUCGAGGUCCACAUUGACAAAGGUAUGAAGGGCGGCCAGCAAAUCAACUUCCGCGGAGAGAGCGACCAGGCGCCCGGUGUGACGCCAGGAGAUGUCAUCAUUGUCAUUGAGGAGAAGCCUCACGAGCGGUUCAGGCGGCAGGACGACGACCUGAUUAUUGAUCAGGAGAUUGACCUGCUGUCAGCGUUGGGGGGCGGCCAUUUCGCCAUCAAACACCUAGACGACCGUGCGCUCAUCGUUAACAUCCGGCCUGGUGAGGUCAUCAAGCCUGAGGACGUCAAGGUGAUCGCUGGCCAAGGGAUGCCCUCGUACCGGCAUCACGAGCCAGGCGACCUCUUCAUCCACUUUGCGGUCAAGUUCCCCGAGCGGAUCGAGCCCGAGUCGAUCCCGAUGCUCGAGCGCGCGCUCCCGCCGCGCCCGCCGCUGGACAAGUUCCCGAAGAGCUACAUAGUCGAGGAGGUCGAGCUCGCGGAUGCAGACGUGCGACAACGCGCUCGCGCGUCCGGGGCGGAGCCGAUGGAUGAGGACGAGGAUGGCCCACCGCGCGUGCAGUGCGCGAACCAAUGA